AUGAUCGGAGAAAUCUAUGAAGUAGCGUUGGUCGGGUAUUGGCCAGUUGCUUUCCAUGAUGAAGCUGGGAUCGUUGCCGGCAGCCGCGUCCAAGUGCUUGCUGAUGAGGAACGGAUCAUCACUCGCACGCACGCACAGUCACCCACACUAUUGGCUGCCAAUCUCGUUGAAACCUACGCAUGCGCCCCUUCCACGGAACGCGGCCGUGGGAUUCUGAUAUCUGGCAACCCAAAAUUAAACUCCAUCCUAUACUGCAACGCAAGGUCCGUCUUCAUCCGUUACCUAGACAGUCCUCUCGACGUUGCCGUUUACGGUGAGCACAGUUAUCCGGUCACAGUCGCUCGUUACUCCCCCGACGGCGAGUGGAUCGCCUCCGCCGACGUCUCUGGAGUCAUACGGAUCUGGGGGACGCAUAACGAUUUCGUUUUGAAGAAUGAGUUCAAGUUACUUUCCGGUCGGAUCGAUGAUCUGCAGUGGUCGCCGGACGGGUUGAGGAUCGUUGCAUGUGGCGAUGGGAAAGGAAAGUCGUUUGUUCGCGCUUUAUGUCAGUGGGAUUCGGGGUCAACAGUGGGGGAUUUUGAUGGGCACUCGAAGAGGGUGCUAAGCUGUCAUUUUAAACCGACGAGGUCGUUCCGAAUUGCAAGUUGCGGAGAAGAUUUCUUGGUGAAUUUUUAUGAAGGUCCACCCUUUAAGUUCAAGUUAUCUCACCGGGGGCAUUCAAAUUUCGUCAACUGCAUUAGAUUUUCACCAGAUGGAAGCAAAUUGAUUAGCGUAAGCUCAGAUAAGAAGGGUAUAAUAUAUGAUGCAAAGAGUGGUGAAACAAUGGGAGCGCUGUCCAGUGAAGAUGGUCAUACAGGUAGCAUUUAUGCUGUUAGAUGGAGCGGAGAUAGUAAACAUGUAAUUACUGUUUCUGCUGACAAGACUGCCAAGAUAUGGGAGAUAUCUGACGAUGGUACGGGAAAAGUGAUGAAAACAUUGGGAUGCACUGGAUCUGGUGGAGUGGAGGACAUGCUUGUUGGAUGUCUCUGGCAGAAUGAUCAUAUCAUUACAGUUUCCCUUGCUGGCACAAUUAACUUGUACGCUGCUAGUGAUCUUGAUAGACAACCGUUAUGUUUGUCUGGACAUAUGAAGAACGUAAAUACAUUAACUCUACUCCAAAGCGAUGAAAAGAAAAUUUUAUCCAGCAGCUUUGAUGGAUAUAUUUUUAGAUGGAUUCCAGGGACUGGAUUCCAGCAGCUUAGGGUUAUCAAUGGCCUGGCUCAAGUCCUUUGGUUGACUUCCAACAUCUAUCUGGACUUGAGCCAGGCCAUUGAUAACCCUAAGCUGGCUUUAGUUUCAACUGAUUCUGGAGUUCUAUUGCUUAAGGAUCUGCAAGUACUUGCAAGCAUUAACGUUGGGUUUGCAGGGACAGCAUCUGUUAUUGCACCUGAUGGAAGUGAGGCUAUUGUGGGGGGGGGGGGGCAGGAUGGUAAGUUGCAUAUAUAUUCUGUCUCAUGUGAUUCUCUUAAAGAAGAAGCAACCCUUGAGAAGCAUAGAGGUCCAAUUAGCGUUCUACGGUAUUCGCCAGAUUUUUCCAUGUUUGCUUCUGCCGAUCUAAACCGUGAAGCAGUUGUUUGGGAUCGUACCUCCAAAGAGGUGAAGCUUAAUAACAUGUUGUUCCACUCAGCUCGUAUCAAUUGCCUUGCUUGGUCCCCUAAUAGCACCAUGGUGGCUACGGGAUCACUAGACACUAACGUAAUCAUAUACGAAAUUGCAAAACCUGCUUCCAACCGCAUAAUCGUAAAGCAUGCUCAUCCUGGUGGAGUUUAUGGUUUGGUUUUUAUUGACGACUGCACCGUGGCUAGUUCAGGGGAGGACGCCUGCAUCCGUGUAUGGAAGAUAGUGCAGUAA